GGUAUUUGCCGGGGAGGGGGCUGUCGCCUCCCCGGCCCCGGGCGCCGCUGGAACCGCGAGCCGGAGAGAGACUGAGCAGGCUGCGGCGCGGCCAGGAGCCGGGAGCGCCGGGGGCGGAGAGAGGCGGCCGGGGCGGCGCUGGCUGCGGAGGCCGCGGCGGGAGCGCAGCGCGGGAGCCGGAGGCUGAGACUCACCGGAGGAAGCGGCGCGAGCGCCCCGCCAUCGUCCCGUGUUAUAGUUUUGCCGCUGGACUCUUCCCUCCCUUCCCCCACCCCAUCAGGAUGAUAUGAGACUUGAAAGAAGACGAUGCAUACAGGAGGAGAGACUUCAGCAUGCAAACCUUCAUCUGUUCGGCUUGCACCGUCAUUUUCAUUCCAUGCUGCUGGCCUUCAGAUGGCUGGACAGAUGCCCCAUUCACAUCAGUACAGUGACCGUCGCCAGCCAAACAUAAGUGACCAACAGGUUUCUGCCUUAUCGUAUUCUGACCAGAUUCAGCAACCUCUAACCAACCAGGUGAUGCCUGAUAUUGUCAUGUUACAGAGGCGGAUGCCCCAAACCUUCCGUGACCCUGCAACUGCUCCCCUGAGAAAACUUUCUGUUGACUUGAUCAAAACAUACAAGCAUAUUAAUGAGGUAAGACUUGAUUUCCUAAGUAAAAGAUGUUACGGUGUUGUUUUCUGGAUUAUAUUGUUUCUAAAGAGAAGAGAAGAGUACAAACCACCAGCAACCCGUAAACUUCAUAACAUUCUUGGAGUAGAAACAGGAGGACCUGGUGGGCGACGUGCUGGGGAGUCGGGUCACACGGUAGCUGACUACUUGAAGUUCAAAGACCUCAUUUUAAGGAUGCUUGAUUAUGACCCCAAAACUCGAAUUCAACCUUAUUAUGCCCUGCAGCACAGUUUUUUCAAGAAAACAGCUGAUGAAGGUACAAAUACAAGUAACAGUGUGUCCACAAGUCCUGCGAUGGAACAGUCCCAGUCUUCGGGCACCACCUCCAGCACAUCAUCAAGCUCAGGUGGAUCAUCGGGGACAAGCAACAGUGGGAGAGCCAGGUCAGACCCGACGCACCAGCAUCGGCACAGUGGCGGGCACUUCACGGCUGCUGUCCAGGCCAUGGACUGUGAGACACACAGUCCCCAGGUGCGUCAGCAGUUUCCUGCUCCUCUUGGUUGGUCAGGCACUGAAGCUCCUACACAAGUCACUGUUGAAACUCAUCCUGUUCAAGAAACAACCUUUCAUGUAGCCCCUCAGCAGAAUGCAUUGCAUCAUCACCAUGGAAACAGUUCCCAUCACCAUCACCAUCACCACCACCACCACCACCACCAUGGACAACAAGCCUUGGGUAACCGGACCAGGCCAAGGGUCUACAAUUCUCCAACAAAUAGCUCCUCUACCCAGGAUUCUAUGGAGGUUGGCCACAGUCACCACUCCAUGACAUCCCUGUCUUCCUCAACGACUUCUUCCUCGACAUCUUCCUCCUCUACUGGUAAUCAAGGCAAUCAGGCCUACCAGAAUCGCCCAGUGGCUGCUAAUACCUUGGACUUUGGACAGAAUGGAGCUAUGGACGUUAAUUUGACCGUCUACUCCAAUCCACGCCAAGAGACUGGCAUAGCUGGACAUCCAACAUACCAAUUUUCUGCUAAUACAGGUCCUGCACAUUACAUGACUGAAGGACAUCUGACAAUGAGGCAAGGGGCUGACAGAGAAGAGUCCCCCAUGACAGGAGUUUGUGUGCAACAGAGUCCUGUAGCUAGCUCGUGACUACAUUGAAACUUGAGUUUGUUUCUUGUGUGUUUUUAUAGAAGUGGUGUUUUUUUCCAAAAACAAAGUGCAAAGCUGCUUGAAUCAGAAGGAGAUUAACACACUGAACCGCUACAAGAGGGCAAAGCUGACUUUUUUUUUUUUUUAACUUGAAAAGAUUGCAAAGGGACAAUGAAGUGUUUAAAAGAGCCAUGUCCAAACCCAUCUUCACGGAUAGCUCAGAGGUAUCCUCUUUUUGCCUCCCCCAUUUUAACUUGCCACAUCCCAGUCAUAGUGGGGUUUUUUUUGUCUUUCUAUUCAACAAAAGUUAAUGUUCAGAUGUUGGUCUUGGUCAUUUGCCAACUAAUUUUAAAAUAAAAGGCACUGCACAUAAUUUGCAUAAAGGGCCCCAUGAGGGUGUUUUUUUUUUCCUUUCUUUUUGUCCCCUCCUCCCCCCUUUUUUGGUUUGGUUUUGUUUUGGGUGGGGGGUGGGAAAUUUGGGUUUUUUAGUCCUCUAAACACACUUGGGCACGGAAAUGCAGUACUGUAAGAAAGAGGGACCUCCAGCUUACACAAACAUCAUCUUCAGCUGUAUGAAAGGGACGGUUGUAUUGAAGUUUGUAAGGCACAUUAAGCAUGUUAAGUGGCGGGGAUCAGAACUCUCCUAUCUGAACCUACUGAGGAGCAAAGCAGCAAUCACAUGGGAUCCUGUGGGUCUCCUGUUGUAGAGGCCACAGUAAGAUAGGAAUGGAACGUGACUGGUCUCCUAACCAAGGUGCACUGAGACGCAAUCAACGGGUCAGUUGUGGCCAGUCCUGGGGAGGUCUGAGUGGUGGUCUUUGGGAUAACCUUUGGCCUUAUGGAUUUGGACUCAAAAUUAGAAGAGCCUACCAUUUCAGAUGCAAUCACUUUUGGACAUGCUUUUGCAGACAGUCCUUAAUGCUGAAAACACAGAGAAUGGGUAAUUCAAGAGGCCUUUCUUUUAAAAUAGACUUUUGUGACCCACUAAUUGUAAGGUAUUGCAAGGUCACUUUGCGUGUGUCAUAAAGUUGACUUCCUUAUUGGUUGAAGGUCACAGAAGUAGUGGUUUGCUUUGAUGGAAAUAGCUACAGCUGUGUCCCUUCCUGCUUUUUACUUUUUCUUUUGCUUUUUCUCGGCACGUGGUAUCUCCACCAUUUCUUCUGCACAAAGAUGUCUUCUGUUCAUCCUGAACAUUUUUCAAAAAUGCAGAAUUUUAUGUGACUGCUUUUUUGCCUCACAAUUAUGCUGUGAAUUUUACAAAAAUUUAUUUUCUUUUUUGAUAAUUUAUUGUACCAAAGCUGUUUUUAUAGCACAUAGAUGUCUGUAACCAAUAAUGUAGCAGUUCUGCACUUUGACACAAGGUGUAACUAGACCAUUUUUAAAUGUCAGUUGAAAAUUAUGGCUGUACUAUUGCUUAAACAAAACUGGAACUGUUGUUGAAUCCAUAGCCAAUACAUUUACAGCAAUCUGUGUACUGAACAUAAUAGAUUGACAUCUAAUUCAAGAUUACAACAUCUGUUACAUUCUAAAUGUGUUCAGGCUUCUGAAGGUAAAGGGACACUGGAUCCAGAAGCUAUGGAACCAGCAGUUGAUUCUUGUAUUCCUGAUUAACCUACUUGUAAACUUGAAAGCAAGACCUCGAUUGCACCAACAGGUCCAAAAUGUGAGCGCGAGUAAAGCAGAACUCUCCUGCAUGACCUGAGUGAGCAGGCUGGUAUUUAACAGGUGCCUCGUUUUGAGAUUAUGCUGCCUUAAUGUAACACAGUCUGGCAGUUGCUAAAUUUGUGUUCCCAUUUUAAAUUGACCAAUUUUAGGGUGUUAGACUUUUGAGCGGUUGAAUUGGGCGAAUGAAGAUAAGUAAUUUACCUGUCCAGGAUCAAAAGAAGCCUAGAAAAGAAGCAGUAAUCUACCUCUGCCGAUAACCCUGUUCAAACAACGCAGCAGAACACCACAUUACUUUUUAUUGGUCAAUUCCAUGUGGCUGACUAGGUCAAUUUUUUCUGAACAAAAGCAGGUUUUUAUAUGUAAACAGUGACAAAAGAAAGGCUUAAAACUAUGUAAAUGUGAAUGGAAACUUGGAAAUAUCCGUUUUUAUAAACCACAAAUUUUUUUGCUGUUAAUCAGGAAAUCCAUAUUUAUUUUGUAAUUAAAUGUCAAGCCUGUGGAUGAUUUUUUUGAACUUGGUAGUUCAUAAAGGUUUACAGUGAAUAAAAGGAUAUCAUCUUGAGUAUAGCAAUAUCAAAAAGGAAUUCAGUAGUUACUGCUGUUUAGGAAUAUAAGCUUAAGAUAUUAUAUGGGUCAGGUCAUUUUUUUUCUGUGCUGGUUGCCACAUCUUAGCAAGCACCAAAAAACUAAAGCAGUUUUUUAAACCAAUAUUUACAUAAAGAAAAUCAUAAAAUCCAAUGCUUCUGCAUACUGUGUUAUGUUACAGUCCAGUUUUGUGUGCUUUACUACACAGUUUGGUUACAGGACUUCUGUGCAUUGUAAACAUAAACAGCAUGGAAAAGGUUAAAUACCUGUGUUCAGAUUGUAAGAUCUAGUCCGGACUUGCUGUGUAUAUUGUAACGUUAAAUGAAAAAAGAACCCCCUUUGUAUUAUAGUCAUGCGGUCUUAUGUAUGAUAAACAGUUGAAUAAUUUGUCCUCA